CACUUCCGCCUCGAGAUCAGCUAGUUAGCUACCCCGGCAUUAGCUAUCCUCCAUUUAUCCCAUUUAUCCUGUCUUGCCCAGUCUAUACAUAAGUGUUCGAGGAAUUUCAUCGCCUUCAAUCCAUUGCUGGAUCUGGUAGAAGACAACAGUAUUGAAAUUAAUUUGCACAAGGUGGAGGACCAUGACGCUUUUUCACUUUGGAAACUGUUUUGCUUUGGCAUACUUCCCUUAUUUCAUCACGUACAAAUGCAGUGGGCUGUCUGAAUACAAUGCUUUUUGGAGAUGUGUCCAAGCAGGAGCAACCUACCUAUUUGUACAGCUUUGCAAAAUGCUGUUCCUGGCUACUUUUUUCCCUACAUGGGAAGGAGGGGCUGGUGUCUAUGACUUUGUUGGGGAGUUCAUGAAGGCCACUGUUGAUCUAGCUGACCUGCUAGGCCUCCAUCUUGUCAUGUCAAGGAAUGCUGGGAAGGGCGAGUACAAGAUCAUGGUAGCAGCCAUGGGCUGGGCCACUGCUGAGCUAGUAAUGUCAAGGUGUAUUCCAUUGUGGGUGGGAGCACGAGGAAUUGAAUUUGAUUGGAAAUACAUCCAAAUGAGCUUUGACUCUAACAUAAGUUUGGUGCACUAUAUUGCUAUGGCAGCGGUUGUGUGGAUGUUUACCCGGUACGAUUUGCCCAAGAGCUUCCGUCUUCCUGUGACAGUGCUACUGGGACUCUGUGUAUAUAAGGCCUUCCUCAUGGAAUUGUUUGUCCACAUGUUUCUGCUGGGCAGCUGGAUGGCGCUGCUGGUGAAAGCAGUACUGACUGGAGCCAUCUCCCUCUGUUCCCUCCUCCUCUUCAUCACUCUGGUUCAUAGCAACUGAGCCGCUGGGGGACGCUGCGUAGCUCCAGGCAUGCUGAAUUUACCAGGAGUCGUUUCAGCUGUGUGACAGCUACAACUUUUUGUUGAAGUCUGAGGAUGGGAGAUGAGAUUAUGAAAAUAUUUAUGACAAAUGACAUUAAAUAACAAAUUUAACAGUGAUGUCACCACUUGGCUUGAUGCUGUAGUCAUGUUUUGAAAGGACAACGAACGAGAUGUUGGCUGGGACAUUUCAGACCUUUCAUUCAUCUGGAGUGAACUAGAUUGUGUGUGUGUGUGUGUGUGCUAUGUUUCUUUUGGCAUUAUAUUUUGGACACAUUCUCAGUGACAAAAAAAAAAAAAAGACUGGGGAGGAGCUGUUUGUUUCCCAUGUGUUACAUUUGUUGCAUUGCGUUGACUUUGUACAGCGUUCUUGUCCAGUUCUCCCAGUCUUGUCCAAGGCGAUCUACAGUAUAUUCAGUGUUUCACAGACAUCAUGCAUUCCUUAAGAAGUGAGCUGAUCUCACUGGGGGGCACGCAUUCUUAACUCGCCUGAUUGAGCACCUCUGUGAGCUUACCGAGGCAGCUGCACAUCUGCACAUCUCGUCAGACCUUUGUGCCGUGCAAGUUAAAUGGCUUUGAGAUUGGCAAGAUUUUUUUUACUCUUAAUGUGACUGUCACGUAACCAGCCUUGAAUAUGUUUAAUAAAUUUACCUUUUUGAAACAA